GAAAAAAUAGGACGCUGCCUUAAUAUUGAAAAGCGAUUUGACCGUAUUGAUCAUCUAUCUUUGGCGGCUGAUGACGUCACAGCUCGCGCGUUUUUCCUCUCAUUCAGUUUCAGCGUCGAGUCUUCUGAGGAGAGUCGAGCAGUUCACGUCCUGAUGGAUGUGAAGGAGGAGAGUGAAGAACUGAGUGAAGUGGAGGAGAAACAUCAUGUCAAACCUGGAGAAAAAUGUUCGAGUCACUCAAAGACUAAAAAGACUUUUUUAAACAAAAGAAGAGCCAAGAAAUCUACAACCUGCACUCAGUGUGGAAAGAGUUUCAGAUACAAAAGUCUUCUUGAGCGUCACAUGUGGAUCCACACAGGAGAGAAGCCGUUCAAGUGUGAUCAAUGCGGGAAGAGCUUCAUACAAAAAUCAUCUCUUAAUCAACACAUGGGAAUUCACACCGGAGAGAAACCGUACAAGUGUGUUCAAUGUGGAAAGAGUUUCACAUACAAAAGUCAACUUGAGAUUCACAUGAGAGUUCACACUGGAGAGAAGCCUUAUGUAUGCCAUCAAUGUGGGAAGAGUUACAGUCAAUCAACACAACUAACGACACACGUGAGAAUCCACACCGGAGAAAAGCUAUUCGUAUGUCAUCAGUGUGGGAAGAAAUUCAUAGCCAAAGAAUAUCUUAAGCUUCACAUGCAGAUCCACAAUGGAGAGAAGAAGUAUACAUGUCAUGACUGUGGAAGAAACUUUCUUAGGGCAUCACACCUGAAGAAACACCUGACAGUUCAUACGAAGGAGAAACCACAUUCAUGUUCUGUGUGUGGAAAGAGUUUUUCACAGCUCUGUAGUUUACAAGAGCAUGAGAAACUUCAUAAUGGUGUGAGAGAGUACAUGUGCUUUGAGUGUGAGAAGACUUUUACUUCAGGAAGCCGUUUAAAACAGCACCAGAGAAGUCACACUGGAGAAAAACCUUUCAAGUGUUCACACUGUGACAAGAGAUUCAGUCUGUCAGAAAAUCUAAAAAUACAUGAGCGGAUCCACACUGGAGAGAAACCUUACAAGUGUUCACACUGUGACAAGAGAUUCAAUGCGAUAGCAAAUCUGAAAAGACAUGAGAGGAUCCACACUGGAGAGAAACCUUACAAGUGUUCACACUGUGACAAGAGAUUCAGUCUGUCAGCACAUCUGAAAACACAUGAGAGGAUCCACACUGGAGGAAAACCGUACAAGUGUUCACACUGUGACAAGAGAUUCAGUCAGUCAUCAUCUAUUAAAAUACAUGAGAUGAUCCACACUGGAGAAAAACCUUACAAGUGUUCACACUGUGACAAGAGAUUCAGUUUUUCAGCACAUCUGAAAACACAUGAGAUGAUCCACACUGGAGAAAAACCUUACAAGUGUUCACACUGUGACAAGAGAUUCAGUCGGUCAUCAUGUAUGAAAAUACAUGAGAUGAUCCACACUGGAGAAAAACCUUACAAGUGUUCACACUGUGACAAGAGAUUCAGUCAGUUGACAAAUAUGAAAACACAUGAGAGGAUCCACACCGGAGAGAAACCUUACAAGUGUUCACACUGUGAUAAGAGAUUCAAUCAGUCAGAACAUUUGAAAACACAUGAGAGGAUCCACAGUGGAGAGAAACCUUACAAGUGUGAUCAGUGUGGAAAGAGUUUCUCUUUUAAAAGUCAACUGAAGAUACACAUGAAGAUCCAUGCAGUAGAGAAACCACAUCACCACAGUCUGAGAUCACGGAGAAGAUCCUCAGGAGAUGAACCUCCAUUUAAUCCGGUGUCACAAAAGUUGUGUGAGUCGUUCCUGAAGGAGAGAAAUGAGAGGCGUUCAUCAGGAUCUGAGGAGAUCUGCAGUUUACACAGUGAGAAACUCAUACUCUUCUGUCUGGAGGACAAACAGCCUGUGUGUUUAGUGUGCAAAGAUUCACAGAAACAUGACAAUCAGAAAUUCAGACCCUUCAGUCAAGUGGUUUCAUCAUAUAAGGAGGAGCUCAAUACAGCUCUGGAGUCCUUACAAGAGAAACUUCAACACAAUGAAGAAAUGAAAGGAGAGUUUGAGAAAACAGUUCAACACAUCAAGUCUCAAGCUGAGCACACAGAGCGUCAGAUUAAACAGCAGUUUGAGAAGCUUCAUCAGUUUCUCAGAGAUGAAGAAGAAGCUACAAUCACUGCUCUGAGGGAGGAAGAGGAACAGAAGAAGCAGAUGAUGAAGGAGAAGCUGGAGGAGAUGAACAGACACAUCUCAGCUCUUUCACACACAAUCAAAGACAUGGAGGAGAUGAUGAAAGCCAAUGACGUCUGCUUUCUGAAGGAGUUUCCAGUCUCAGUGGAAAGAGUCCAGAGCUCACAGCCGGAUCCACAGAUGGCUUCUGGAGCUUUGAUUCAUGUGCCACAUUACUUGGGCAACCUGCCGUUCAGAGUCUGGAAGAAGAUGCAGGACAUCGUCCAAAACACUCCUGUCAUUCUUGAUCCAAAUACUGCGAAUCUACGUCUCGUCCUGUCUGAUGAUCUGACCAGUGUGAGAUACAGCAGGAACAAACAACCUCUUCCUGAUAAUCCAGAGAGAUUCGACCGUUAUCCCUGUGUUCUGGGUUCAGAGGGGUUUAACUCAGGAACACACUGCUGGGAUAUAGAGGUUAAAGAGAGUUCAGACUGGAUUCUUGGAGUAACUACAGCAUCAAACCAGAGGAAGGGAUGUGAUUUCUUCAACACUGAUGUUUGGAGUGUGGAUUAUGAUGUGGAAGGACUGGAUGAACCAUGUGGUUUUCCUGUUAAACAGAAUCUUGAUUGUUUGAGAGUGAAUCUGGACUAUGACGGAGGAACGGUGUCAUUCUCUGAUCCUGUAACUAACACACAUCUACACACAUUCACAACCACCUUCACUGACACACUCUUUCCAUUCUUCAGUUGUUCUCACUCUCUGAAGAUCUUAGCGGUCAAUAGUCAGUAAACACUGUAGUAGCGCCCCCUACCAUACAACAGUGAAAACAUGGAUUACAAUUCUGACAAUGGCAAGGAAAGAGUUAAGUAGAUUUGAUGCAAAUUCAUAUGCACACUACCAGUAAACUACACAAAAAUUCACAAUCAAGCGGUUGAGGAGAAGAUCAUUUUUGAACAGCUGACAUUGUGUAUUUACCCCUUUAAAUGUUCUUUAGGGUCUUUUUGACCCCAAAUUAUGUUUGCUAAAAUAAUAAUAAUAAUAAAAUUUGUCCACUUUUUAUGGUGGAUAACACUUUCUAAAUCUACAAAUAAAAAAAAUAAAAAAAUGG